AUGUCUAUUGCGUUAAAAGAGUUGAUUUAUUCAGUAGGUCAGCAAGAGUAUGUGGAGAAUUUUGAUCAUGGAAUAGCAUUUUUCCAAACUAUUACACUUGAAGAUUUUAGUGGUUCAGCAAAAGAAAUUGCAGAUAAUAUAAGAAAUCUUGUAUGUGAGAGUGAUGGAUAUUAUUAUAUAUUCAAUUGUGAUUAUCAAUCAAAGAAAAAAGAGCCUAUUUCUAGUUUUUGGUACAAGUGUUCACAAAAUUCUGAUUUAACUAAAAGGGCUAGAAAAAUUGAAAAUUUAUCAAAGCAGCGUGAUAAAUUGCCUAUUACGAGAUAUGAUUGUAAUGGAAUACUUAAAAUCGCAAUAGAUAUUAAUUCAAAAACAGCUGAUAUUCAACUUUAUCAUGAUUUAAUCCAUGAUAGACCAGAAAGAAUCAGUGUAAAUCAAGAAAUCAGAAACUUUAUAGGUGAUAGGCUUCAUCAAACUCCUGCUGAAAUUUUUAGUCAAUUAGAGAUUAAUAAUCCAAAUUUAACACAGAAGCAAUGUCACUAUUGGUGGACUAUACUAAUUAAAAAACAAUAUCAAAAAGAUUUAGAUCAGUUAAAAUCAAGUUUAUUAUUAUUAGAAGAAAGCAAUAAAGAGAUAAUAAUGCAAAAUAUUGUUGGAAAUGUCAAAUAUUUGGCAUUUAUUAUGCCAUUUUUCAAUAAACUUAUUCAUAAUCAAGAAAUUCUUAUUGAUGCAACUUACAAAACCAAUGCAUUAAAUUUUGAACUAUAUGCAGUUAUUGGUCAGAUAGAUGGUGCUAGGUUUGCAGCUGCAUAUCUGUUUCUUGAUAAUGCCAAAAAGGAUGAAGGAGUUAGAACUGAAAUAUUAACUGCAUUCUUAACUAAUUUAAAAAAACUUGAUAAAGACUGGUCUCAAAUCAAUGCUGCCAAAAUUGUGUGGAGUAAUUGUAAAAUUCAACUUUGUCUUUGGCAUGCAAAAAAAUCAAUCAAAAAAAAAUUAGCAGAUAAUUCAGAGCCAAAAUAUAAUGCUUAUAAUCCUAUUGAAGCCAAUUCCCAAUUUUCUUUCAUUGAUAUUCUAUGGUGUCCUAUUAUACCACCUAAUUUACCAUUUAUUUUUUGUCCUAAGACCUUACAGGUAAAAAUUUUAGAAUUGUUUACUAAGCAUUUUCACUUACAUCCACUCAUUCCUAUUGGGAGUGGAGAAUUUUUAUCAAGUGAAGACAUUUGGAAAUUAUUAACAGAAGAAAUGUAUAACUUUUGUUAUGAAAAUGACUUAAAAUAUGUCUGGGCUUACAUGUGGUGUAAUUGGUAUAAAUUUAAUUUAUGGGUAUUAUGGGCACGAGCAGCAGAUCCAGAAAAAAUUUGUAUUUUCAAAACUACAAUGUUAGUAGAAUCUCACUGGAAACAUUUGGUUAAAUCAGUUAAUAAUAUAAUUACUAUAGAAUUUUUUAAUAUUGUACAAAGACAAGGCAUUUAUCCUCUUCUUGGUAUGGUACCUGAAGAGCAAAACUAUUUUAAUGGAACUUUAUUGAACAAAGUAGCAGGUGAAAAAAGAUCAGAAGGUGAAAUGGAAGGUACAAACAUAACAGAAGGUGCAGAAGAUACAGAAGAUGUAGAAGGAGUAGAAGAAGUAGAAAGGAUGAAAGAAAACAUGGAACAAAAGUUUCAAGAAAUUGAGUCCUAUCUUGAUCAGGCAAUAUCAAUUGUACAUGAGCAACAUGCCUCAAACAACUACAAAUGA